UAUUGUCUGACGUCAUUUAAACAUGGCUGAACUAGACGUUGGAAAACAUUGUGAAAUUAAAUCUUGCAAACAAAAAGAUUUUCUACCAUUCAUUUGUAGCAGCUGUUCUGGGGUGUUUUGUUUGGAACACAGAAGCCGGGACUCCCAUUCUUGUCCAGAGGUCACAGUGAAGAGAGAGAUCUCUGUGUCUGAGGGAAUCUCAUCAUAUCCGUGCAGCUUUGAGGAUUGCAAAGGGAAAGAGUUGCUGCCUGUCAUCUGUCCACACUGUGAAAAACACUUCUGCCUCAUACAUCGGCAUCAGGAUGACCAUAAGUGUGAGAAGCUGGAGACCCCGAAGCCUCGCAUGGCUGCAACACAGGAGCUGGUGCAGAAGAUAGUGGAGUCAAAAAAGAAUGCACCACCAAGUAAAGGUAGAAAAGGAGCGAAAAACGCUGCGACUGCUGCAAAAGUUGCCCUGAUGAAGCUGAAAAUGCAUGCGUCAGGAGAUAAAGGCCUGCCACAGACAGAACGGACAUAUUUUCAGGUGUUUCUGCCCAAAGAGGCUAAAGACUCUAGUUCGCCCAUGUUCUUCUGCUCUAAAUGGAGUGUCGGCAAAGUAGUGGACUUUGCUGCAUCUCAGGCCAGUCUGAAGAACAACAACAAUGUGCUCACAGCUAAGAAACUGCGUUUGUGUCACCCCGAGACGGGUGAAGCCUUUAAGAUGGACACUAGCCUUCAGUCGCUGCUUUCCCACACAGACUGUCCCCUGCACAACGGAGGCAACGUCAUUCUGGAGUAUCUGGAUAAUGAGAGCUCUGGACUAGAUGAUGUCACAGCCUAUAUUCCAUCCUCCUGAUAGAAAAUCCCACAACCAUUCAGAAGAGUUUUAUAGUAGUUUGAGGAAAGCAGGAAACAAAGGGUGUUAGAUUGGUAACUAGAGGAUUGUUGUAUCAUAGACUAGUCUGUCUAUUGUAAAUAUAUUCCACAUGAUUUUCAGCUUAUUUCUAAUAAAUGGGUCAAUGACGUGA